AUGUCAAGCGAGCAAACUCGAGUCCUGCAACUCUCUGCUACUCGUGCUACAUCCUUCAGCAUCGUCGCCAUUCGACGGCGUCUUGAAGCUCUAUGGGCAGCCCUAGGCCAGUCGGCCGAUGUAGCGAGAGAGCGGCACGCGCGAUGGGAGCAGAAACGCAGUGAGCAAGUCGAGAUUUUCGUCUCCGAGGCGUCGAAAACUUACCUUCUGCUAGAAGAGCUCAAGUCGCAAGAAGAGCGACUGGCCUUCCUCACCUCGUUGAAAGAAGAGAUUGAACACCCAGCAAAAUACACACCUGUCCAACUUGAAGUGUUGAUGAAGGCGUACAAGGAUAUUGCAAGCAAGCUCGAGAAGGACGAUUUGUUGGAACUGAGGCCGGAGUGGCUCAUCCCCUGGUAUGAGCUAUCUGUCGACAAGUACGCCUCUCUUGGUCACGGCGGCUACGGAAGCGUGUGUCGAGCCAAAUGGCUCGAUUCAGACGUGGUAGUAAAGUCUUUGAUUGGGUCUGGACGGGUGGGGGCAAUGGCGAUGUUCCGACGUGAAGUCGAUAUUUGGUUCGGUUUCAGCCAUCCUCACGUCAUUCGGCUCUUCGGCGCGUGCCAUGUCGGUAGACCCUUCUUCGUGUGUGAAGACGCUAGGAAUGGUACGCUGGUCAGCUACCUAAGGAAGCACCCCAACGAACUUUGGGCAAAGUUGCAUGAAGCUGCGCUGGGUGUCCAGUACCUCCACGCUCGUAGUGUCGUACAUGGCGAUCUCAAAGGGAACAACAUCGUUAUUGGGAGUGAUAGGAAAGCAAAGGUGACGGACUUUGGCCUCAGCUCUAUCAUCGGUGACGACGGCAAUUCAGAGAUCUCAGCGGCGUCGCAUUGGGUUGCUCCAGAGUGUCUGACAAACUACCAGGACUCA